AGCAAGAUUGAGAAAGAGCCUGGCCCAGGAGUCUGCCUGUGACAGCUGACAGUGUCAUGUUGGGUCUUGGAUAUGAGCUCUACCCGGCGACCCCGUCCGAGAACACGAGGAGGUUCUCAGUCACGUCCCUUCUUCAGCUAGACCACCCUGAGGAACGAACCGACGAGGACGAUUGUGACAAUGAAGAGAAAAAAAAGGGCAAGCCGAGAAGGAAUAGGACGACAUUUUCAAGCGGACAGUUAGAAGCCCUAGAAAGGGUUUUUGAACGGACACACUAUCCAGACGCUUUCGUCAGAGAAGAACUCGCCAGGAGAGUAGGCCUUACAGAAGCCCGAGUCCAGGUCUGGUUUCAAAACCGUAGAGCAAAGUUUAGAAGAAACGAGCGUAGCCUGAUGUCGCAGAGAGGGUUGGAAAUGGUGCCACCUGAACAGCCACUUGCACCAAGACCUGCACCAGUUGUUGGCGCUACAAGUGUUGGUUUGGGAGAAUGGAAACAACCAAACGUACCACAGUACAUGAUCCAGCACCAUGCUACGCCUCCACCUUGCUCUUUUAUCUCCACUGGUCUUGGAGCUUAUCCGCCACCACCGCCACCUUGCAGCAUCAGCUCAAGUAUAGCGAAUCUACGCUUUAGAGCACACGAGUAUAAUUUUCAUACAACACAUAUUUGAAAUUCGUUGAGAGUGUUUGUUAACUUUUUUUACCUUUUUAAACUAAAACCCCCCCUUCCUAAAAUUGUUUUUUACUGUACAUAUAA